CACAAAACACUGUCCCCGCCAUGUCAGAUUCUGGACAGGAAGGAGGCAUACCCCUCAUUGAGGCGCAGUUUGACAUUGACGCUUCUUCCAAAAAGAGGAAAAGAGAAGCCGAGCCUGAGGCAACCAAGGACGGCAAGAAAGCUGCCAAAAAGGCCAAGCGCAAGGAAAAGAAGAAGCAGAGAGCAAAGGCGAUAGAUGAGGAUGAUUUGGAUCAGCAGUUGGGAGUGAACCACGCUUUCGAGCGCAUGGAUGGCCAGCUACUAGCAGACUACGUCAACGCGCGAACGCGACUAUACGGACAAGAGUUGAGCAGUGUAGAGCUGGCGGACAAGUUCAUUUCCGCACGCACUGUACAAGAUAGCACGAGCUGGAGCGAGCCACGAACGACGGAUAACCUAUCAGCCUUUCUCAAGAAGCAGGCAGGUGCACUGGCACCAACGCCUUCGAAGCCGCCCGGAGCACCACACACGAUUGUGGUGACUUUGUCUGGGAUUCGAGCGGCCGAUGUAUGCCGGUCUCUGAAGGCGGGAUUGCCCAAACAAGGAGUUCAAAAGCCGAAUGUCGCAAAGCUAUUUGCAAAGCAUCUCAAACUGGCGGAUCAGGUAGCGCAGUUGAAGAAGAGCAAAAUCGACUAUGGGGUUGGAACGCCUGAUCGACUGGUGGCAUUGCUUGAGGAUGGGGCACUUUCAACGGCCAACCUGAAGCGAGUCGUUGUGGAUGUAUCUCAUAUUGACCAAAAGAAGCGCGGAAUUCUGGACAUGAAGGAGCUACAUGAGGCGCUGAUGAAGCUGCUGCUGCGGAAAGAGCUAGUUGGGGAAGACAAGCAGGGAGGCGAUGGACUGUUUCUUUUCUAUUGAAGGAAGUUGGAAUUCGAUGUUGAACUUUUGAUACCCAAUGAAUCCUGGGCGCGUGUACAUGGAUAGAUACGUUGAAGACCGAGACUACAGUUCGCAGCCGUGCACGCGGCAUGGCGACAGUGCAGCGAGGCUUGUUUUUUUCUUACAUGACGUUGAUAUAUGUUUUUGGUGUACUUGGAGAGGGUGGAUAGAUAUGUGAGUGAGGGCAAGAGGGGCAAGUGUGUCGUGGGGGGGAGAAUCGGAAACAAGCAGUCCAGGACAGGGCAGGAAUGCAGGAGGGACGUCUCGAGACGGUGGCU